AUUGCAGCGAAAACCCGGACGGAGAGAUGUGCGGUCGGGUCUCCGAACAUUUUGGUUCCCAAAUUGCUUCCUCCUUACGCCCCCGGGUCCCACUUCGAUUUGAUUCGUGAUAGUUUUCCAAAGAGCAUUUCACGGCAAUCUUCAGAGAGAGACUUGCGUUGCGAGAGAGAGAGAGAGAGAGAGAGAGAGAGAGAGGAUGUGGAAAUGGUUCAGUUGGAUAAACAAAGAACCUCCACCGCCGAUGGUGUUGGUUCCGCCGCUCUUCGAUUUCCCUCCCCUCGCUGCCCGCACCAGGUCUCAGGUCCACUCGAUCACAAGCCUGAGGAGAAAAUCAUAGGAAAUGCUCAAUUCCGCUGGCAAAGUGAUGUUGAUGAUCCUCACACAUUCAUGGACCUUUUUGUAUCAAAUGCUGAUCCGAUUUUACUAAUAAGGUCAUGUGCUUACUACCCUAAAUAUGGUAUUGGAGCAUUUGGUUUUUUCCCAGUACUACUAAAAAAUAGGGUGUCUUCCGAAGAUUAUGGUGUUAUGGGCUUGAGAUAUGGGUCACCAAAUCUCUCAGUUGGAGCCACACUAAUGCCAUUGUCUUCGGGAGAUGAGUUCCCAAAAAGUGCAUGGCUGGUGAGCAAGAUAGGAAGGUUAACAACUGGGGUGCAAUAUGAGCCACAAUCUGGGAGCAAAGAUGGAGCAAGGUAUACAAAUUUAGCAAAUUGGAGUUGUGCUAUAGGCUAUGGAGUAGGAUCAGGCAGUCCAUUGAGUCCAUCUUUCAAUUUUGGUCUUGAACUUGCUCGAAAUUCUCAGUUCAUUGCCUCUUUUUAUCAGCAUGUGGUGGUCCAAAGAAGGGUGAAGAAUCCGCUUGAAGAAAAUGAAGUGGUUGGAAUUACGAACUAUAUUGACUUCGGUUUUGAAUUACAAACAAGGAUUGAUGACAAAACAUCAAAUGUGACGUCAGAUUCCACCUUCCAAGUUGGUGCAUCUUGGCAAGCCAAUAAAAAUUUCUUGUUGAAGGGGAAGGUGGGACCACUCAGUUCAUCUGCUGCUUUAGCAUUCAAAUCAUGGUGGAAACCUUCUUUCACUUUCAGCAUCUCAGCUACUAGAGACCGUGGGGUCGGAAAGACGGCUUUUGGAUUUGGCAUCCAUGUUGAUAAUGUUAGGGAGGCGAGUUAUGAAAGAGCUGAUCCAAACUUUGUAAUGCUGACCCCCAACAAGGAGCAUUUAGCAGAAGGCAUCCAGUGGAAGAUUGGGAAGAGACCCAUGCUUCAAUCAGACGUAAAUUCUGGGAAUUUCGAUGGCCUCCCCAGGGAGUUGAGGCCCUUGGGAAAAAUUUUGUAGUUCUGUCAAUUAUAUUUCUUCUUCUUCUUAUGGGCAUGGUGGGAUUAAAAAGUAAAAUGUUAGAUCAUGUUUGGGCAAUCUGGACUUAUUCCCAAAUAAACAGAGUUAUCUAGGCAGGCCCGGCCCGCUUUGUGUUACAAAAUCUGGGUCUUCUUUUUAUUUUUGGAUAAUGAUACCAAUUUGUUAUAUAAUGAAUAAUAA